GUUAAUAAUUGUGGUCUUCAGCUGGUUAUCCAGACCUCAUCAAUAACAGAUAAAAGCAAACCAUUUGAAUUCAGGAUAAAUAAAGAACAGUCAUCUUUCCACAAUAGACUUCUGCAGCAUGAUCUGGAAAAAAACUAUUCAGGACGGCAAGGAGACCAAAGAGUAUUAAGUCCCUUGGUGCGUAAUAAGCAGCUAUAUCUUCCAGUACCGUCCAGUCUGACAGAACUUUCUGGUUUGGAGUUGAAGCAGAAUACAGGUUCUUUAUCUGGAUUUUGCGACUCUUCUCUUCACACACCUACAAAACCCAGAUCCCGACAAAGGAACCACAGUAUUAGUUCACAUGCCUCAGAUAACACAAGUUUUGGGAGCAAUUCGUCAAUAACAUUUCCUGUAUUGCAACGUACUGCUGAAGAAAAAAUACUGAACUCUGAUAGACUAACCUUGGAAAGGCAAAAACUGACAGUGUGCCCAAUUAUUGAUGGGGAAGAUCACCUUCGCCUUCUGAAUUUCCAACAUAACUUUAUAACCCGGAUCCAAAAUAUUUCUAAUCUGCAGCAUCUUGUUUUCUUAGAUUUAUAUGAUAAUCAGAUAGAGGAAAUAAGUGGUCUUUCAACUCUGAGAUGCCUAAGAGUCCUUUUGUUGGGAAAGAACAGAAUAAAGAAGAUCUCAAAUCUGGAGAACCUAAAAAAUCUUGACGUUUUAGAUCUUCAUGGAAAUCAGAUUACUAAAAUAGAAAACAUCAGUCAUUUGAGUGAACUGAGAGUGUUAAACCUUGCCAGAAACCUGCUAACCAUUGUGGAAAACCUUCAUGGACUGGAUUCGCUCACAGAGCUCAACCUUCGUCAUAAUCAAGUCUCUGCUAUAAAAGAUGUGGAUACUUUGCCCCAUCUCCAACGUCUCUUCCUCAGCUUCAACAAUAUAUCUAGUUUUGAGGAUAUUCUGUGCCUUGCUGAUUCCUCAUCUUUGUCAGAUAUCACCCUUGAUGGCAACCCAAUAGCUCAGGAGACAUGGUACAAACACACUGUUCUCCAUCAUAUGAUGCAGCUCCGACAGCUAGAUAUGAAGAGAAUCACAGAAGAAGAAAGACGUAUGGCAUCUGUUGCAGCAAGGAAAGAGGAAGAAAGGAAGCGUGAAAGCCAUAAACAGACCUUGCUUAAGGAAAAGAAACGGUUAACGAUUUGUAAUAUUGCUCAUCAGUGGGAGAUACAGCAGAAUCGAAUAGCUCUUGUGGCUUCUUUAAACCACGAUAAAGAUAAUGACCCCUGUCAGAUCAAUGGCAGUGCUGCAUAUGUAUUUCCUGAAGAAAGCAGGUCUCUUGACACGAUAUUGAGCAGUGCAGUACAAGGCUUGUCUGUUCUUGAGUCUCAUUUAGUGGAAGUAGAAGGAGACACUCUUUGCUUGUAUGGUGCUGGAGCGCUGGAGUGCCUGGAUCGAAAUUGGAGUGUUCAAACAGCUGGAAUGAUUGUCACAGUCUCCUUUAUGUUCAUAGAGUUUGAUGAAAUUGUUCAAGUGUUAACAAAACUGAAGAUAAAAUUUCCUAAUUCUGUGCACCUGAAGUUUAAGGAGACAAAUCUUGUGAUGCUGCAGCAAUUCAAUGCAUUAGCCCAGAUGCAUCGCAUUGAGCAGUUGACAGUUGAUCCUCAGGGAAAUCCCGUUGUCAACUUUACUUUGUGGAAAUACUAUGUUCUGUUUAGACUGAACCAUUUUAAUCUACAGAAGAUAAAUGGAGUAAAGGUUACUGAAAAUGAUAUUGUAAUGGCGGAAAGGCUCUUUGGCAUUCUGGCAUAUGUAGCAUCUUCUGAGCUCCCACAUUAUCGCAUGCUUUCGUUAUUUGGAGAAUCUAGGAGGAAGCAAAUCCAUUAUCUGCUAGAGGGAAAGGGAAAGAAAUCUGGGAUUGUAAGUGAGGAAAGUAGUGAUAACAGAAGAAAUGGAGGAGAAAGCACAACUCGAGCAACCUUGAAUUACAUGACAAAGGACUUUCAUAUGGAAAAGCUUGAGGAAAUCAAGGAAAGAAAAACAUUUUGCCAGACGUACGUCGAGAACUUAGUGAAAGAAGCAGCUGACAUCAAUAUGAAAAAUGAGUUGUUGCAGAAGCUCUGGCCUCAGAUGUUCAUUGAGCUUGUCAGAGAUGCAGUGAUAGAAAUACGCAAUAAAAAUUCCUACAUGAAACUCUGCUUGCAGCGGAUCACUGAUCAAAAACAGUAGAGUCAAGGCUUGUUGUCUUGCAACUUUUCAGUAUUCUAUGACGGUUUACAAACUUAAAAAAAUAGAAUAUAAAAUUACCAUUACUAUGGCAUACUUCAUACCCCACCCAAAGGGAUGCCUUUACAUCUUGUGUAACACUUGAUUAGUUUUGAAAUAAAAGUUUACGUGCGUACUGCUUUAACAAUGCUUCCUUGGCUAAAGUGAUGAGACAGCGUAGAGGUAACGUGGUGGUUGUCGUGGUUUACUGAGUUGUUUUUUGGGUUUUUUUCUGCUACUCUUGCUUCUGCAGUGCUACAGCA